CAUUCAUUGUCUCCUGGGUUGAAAAAUAGAAGCAGUGGCUUUGGGACAGACAGGAUGAAAUGUCUAUUGUUCAUGGUCCUAUUUCUGCCUGUGGUCUAUUCACAAUCCCAAGUGAAUUCAGAUAGAUGCGGAAAAGGAUCACUCUCCUGUGAAUUUCCUACAGGCCGUAUUAGUGGAGGAAAAGAUACUUGUUCAGAGAUGCAACCAUGGCAUGCUCUUAUUAAGUUUCAAAGAAAGAGUCAUUUGAAAUGUGGAGGUGUACUCAUCACUGAACAACAUGUACUCUCAGCUGCCCACUGCUACUGGUCCAACGGUGAUAACUGCCCCGCUAAAUUUCACAGUUUCACACUCGAGCAAUGCAGAGAUGAUAAACAUUGCCCCCACUAUGACUGUAGAAGGUUUGGAGAGCAUGAUAUUCUGGUUUACUUGGGUGUGACAGAUUCUACUGAAUUAGGAUAUGGAGAAGUAAGAACUCUAAAAAAGCUUGAUCUGCACCAAGGCUGGGUAAAAGAAACACAACUAAAUGGUAUUUUGCAAGGGAAUGAUUUAGCUUUGCUAACCUUACGCUCAAGAGUAGAUACUGCCUGCACUCACAUUAUGCCUAUUUGUCUUCCACUCCAACCUUCAGUGAUUGGUAAGAUGGCAUAUGUUGUAGGCUUUGGAUUAUCAAGUCGGUUAAUCCAACCAACAACAAGACUGCAGAAAGCAGAAGUUCAAAUCAUGGAGUGUGAGAACAGAGCAGGAAAUAAGAAAUGGCCCAUUAGCGGUAAUCAACUGUGUGCAUUAGGUGAAGAAACUGACAAAACAAUUAUUGGAGAUACCUGUAAAGGAGACAGUGGGGGAGGUCUUUUUUGUUUUGAUGCAGUCAACAACAGAAACUACUUACUUGGAAUAACAUCAUUUGGAGAGGAUCUUUGUGGAAUUACAGAUAGUAGACCUGGAGUUUACACAAAUGUGUAUGACCACAAAGACUGGAUUGAAGCUAUGAUAAAGGAAAAUGGUUCAGACAACAAGUGUGCCCUAAGGUCUGGACCAGAUAUGCCACCACAGGAACCAGUGGCUGUGAAAACAACUGUUAUACUUCUAGGAGGUAGAGUAGGUAAGUAUUUAUACUUGUAUUAAUCCUUCUUUGUGAAACAAACAUGCUUUAACAAGCAUGUUUUUGCUAUGAUGAACACUCUG